AUGGUAGAGAAAAAAGAUCUGGAGACCGGCGAUCCCGAGUUAGAAUGCAUUUGGAAGCCGAUGGAGCUACCGACCCUCCCAAAAUCGUUGACGCUCGAGGAGAAGAAAUACCUCCUUGCAGUGGAACGUGGGGACAUGGGCAAUGUUAAACGAAUACUGCAAAAGGCCCAUCGCAUUAAACAUAUAGAUGUUAACUGCGUGGACUCUCUAGGUCGUGGUUCUUUAACUCUUGCUAUUGAUGGAGAGAACUUGGAGAUGGUAGAACUUCUAGUUGUAAUGAGUGUAGAAACCAAGGAUGCUCUGCUACAGGCUAUCAAUGCGGAGUUUGUAGAAGCCGUUGAACUCUUACUAGAACACGAGGAACUGAUACACAAAGAUGGAGAGCCCUACAGCUGGCAAAAAGUGGAUCCGAAUAUAGCAAUGUUUACACCGGAUGUCACUCCGCUGAUGCUAGCAGCACACAAAAACAACUACGAAAUUAUCAAGAUCUUGCUUGAUCGUGGGGCAACUUUGCCCGACCCUCAUGACGUCAAGUGUGGUUGUGAAGAAUGCAUCCGGGAGUCAACAGAAGAUUCUCUACGUCACUCGUUAGCUCGCCUGAACGAGUAUAGGGCGUUGGCAUCUCCCUCACUCAUAGCCUUGUCUUCGAUUGAUCCUAUAUUAACAGCCUUUGAAUUGUCUUGGGAAUUGAGAAAUUUGGCUUUUGCUGAACAGGAAAGUAAAGCUGAAUAUUUAGAACUACGUCGGCAAGCGCAACUUUUUGCUGUAGACCUACUGGAUCAGUCAAGAAGCUCUAAAGAACUUGCCAUUAUCUUGAACCACGAUCCAGACCAACCUGCUUUCAUUGACGGUGACCACAUGAAAUUGGCUAGAUUGGAACUGGCGAUAGAUUUUAAACAGAAAAAGUUUGUAGCUCACCCCAACAUCCAACAGCUUCUAGCUUCGAUCUGGUACGAAGGUGUACCAGGUUUCCGUCGUAAGACUGCAAUCGAGAAGGUUAUGAUCAUCUGCCGUGUCGCCUUGUUGUUUCCAUUCUACUGCACGCUGUAUAUGAUAGCUCCUAACUGUCCCACUGGAAAGCUUGUGAGGAAACCGUUCAUGAAAUUUUUGAUUCACGCUUCGAGUUAUUUGUUUUUUCUACUGAUUCUAAUUCUUGUAUCGCAAAGAGCGGAGGUCCAGGCUAUACAACUGUUUGGACCCGAAUGGAUGGUAAAGGAGUUAGAGAAAGAACUUCUUAAGCAGAGGGGUAACAGACCAACAUAUCUGGAGGUAGUUGUUGUUGUUUAUGUUCUCGGAUUUAUAUGGGAAGAAACGCAAGAGAUAUAUAUCGAAGGCAUUCGCUCGUACCUACGCAAUAUGUGGAACUUCAUCGAUUUCACUAGGAACUCUUUGUACGUUGCUGUCACAGUACUUAGGGUUGCGGCAUACUUCCAACAGACAUCAGAAAUAGAGAGGGACCCCCAGACGAAAUUUAUACCCAGAGAGAAGUGGGACGCGUUCGAUCCUCAAUUGAUUGCAGAGGGACUUUUUGCUGCGGCUAAUAUUUUCAGUGCCCUGAAACUCGUACAUCUGUUUUCAAUCAACCCGUAUCUAGGACCACUUCAGAUCUCAUUGGGUCGAAUGGUUAUUGAUAUUGUGAAGUUUUUCUUUAUAUACAGCUUGGUUCUUUUCGCCUUUGCUUGUGGUCUAAAUCAAUUGUUAUGGUACUUUGCGGAUUUGGAGAAGCGCAAGUGCUACGUAUUACCCGGUGGUCUACCUGACUGGGACAAUGCAGGCGAUUCUUGUAUGAAGUGGAGAAGCUUCGGAAAAUGUAUUUUUAAAACUUUUCUAAACAAAAUGGAUGAAGAGCAACACGGUGUUCGUCACGCAAUCGGCGCUCCAAUAGCUACCACUAGGCUUGCUGAACAGGCCUUAGUAGGUAUACCUCCAAGAACCGCUAAGUUUACCAUUGACGAGUGGGUGCUAAGUAAUGAUUCGCGUUGCAGAAACGCUGAAGACCAACAACAGCUAGCAGACAGGAUUUUAGCAGAGUCUAAACGUGUCAAAGAUGAAACGGCUGAAAGAGCAGAAAUUUUAAAAGCUACUUCUGAUAAACUUCUUAAAGAGCGCAUUGGUGAUGUAGAUUUUAAUAAACGUGAACUCCAAAUUCAACGUGAAGACAUAUGCUCGGAACUAGAAGCUCUUGGCGUAUACAAGACCAGACUACUUGAAUGUCUUACUUCAUUUGAAAAUGCAUGCGAUAUUUGUCGCAAAUGUCUUAUAUUGAGGGAUGGACGCCUCGGUAUCGAUUUGGUCGUAGAUGAAGUUGAAGCGGUGCUAAAACAAGAAAUUGAAACUAUUAAAGGUGGGCAAAUUCUUUUGAAGAAAGUAUUAGAACAACUUCAAGAACAAAUGAGAAGACUUCGAUCAACUCGUUACCUUCUCGACAGAGAUUUACAAUACAAACAAGCAGCUAUUGAUAUAGAUAAACAAAAUUUAUCUCUGAAAUCAACGGAUUUGUGUCUUUCUAUAUAUGAAGGUUACGCCAACCUUGAUCCAGCAAAUAUUAGUGCCGAAGAAUAUAAUAAUUACUCGUCUUCGAACAUUUUUGCAGCUGCCAAAGAAGUAAAUAGCGCUCGUCCAAUUAAAAUGUAUGUAGAUACACUUCUUAAACAAGUUGUAGACGACCUUUGGCACGCUUAUAAUAGGUGUAAUCACGCUUUUCUGAAGAGGAUUGAUGAGACUAGAGGGGCUAAAACAAAACUUGAAGGUAUGCAUGUCGAAACGGCUCAAAAAAUUGCUGACAUGCAAAGCAAUAUUACUUUACUGCAAAAAGCAUUAUCUGAUAGAGAGGGAAAUACCGCUUUAGCACAUACUCGUCUUGGAAAAAGAGCUCAAAGAAUUGGGGCUGAAUUAGUAAAAGAUCCAACAGGUCAAGCAUUAUAUUACGAAUGUGCCAUGUUGCGUCGCAGCACAGAGCAAUUACAGCAAAUGCUUUUUGAAGCAACAGCUUCUCUUAGAUAUUUGUUACAAACACAGAUUCAGUUGGAAGAGGAUAUUAAUGUUAAAAUGAAUACCUUGAAAAUAGAUGAGGUGGAUUGUAUGACCCUACGAGAGACAAUAAAUUAUCACGUUUUUUAG